AUGUAUCAUCUAAUAUCCGUUGUCGUUCUCCUCUCCUAUGCUACAGCUAAAGAUAUCAGUCCAUACUGUCCAAAUGCAGCACUACCGGCAACUGAUGAAAAUGGCAAAAUAAUUCAGUGUCUUCCAGAUGAUAAACAUUCUUGCGGUGAAGGAUACGUUUGUGUCUUUUACGGACACAACUAUCAGUGUUGCCCAUCACCUUCAGAAAAUCAAUUAGUGGAAUGCCCUUCACCACUGAUCACUGUUCUGGAUGAAUUUGAGAACCCCCUGAAAUGCAGUAAUGUUACUCGGUCUUGUCCACGGCCGGGAAUGCAAUGUGUACGUAUUGGUAGUGAGUCACUGUGCUGUCAAGGUACGGCUUAUAUCAACGGUGAUGGUAAAUUAGAAGAAGAAAUCGACCGAGAAGCAGUAAUAGAGGUGGAAUGUCCAAUUCAUUCAUUCACAGUUUUGAAUGAAAAUUCUGAAGUAGUGAAAUGCGACGGAACUAACUGUGGAAGAAAAAACCAGUUUUGCCAUAUAGAUCUGGGUGUCCCAAUUUGUUGCGAAACUCAGCUUGAGGCUCUCGACACGGAAGCUGUACAAGCAGAUACUAGCUCACUAACUAAAGCUUUACUUGCGGAAGAGAAGGAAUUUCAAAAAAGCAGCCCUGAGACAACCACAGAGAAACCAGCGACAAGCGAAACUGAAGCGGAAGAAUCGUCAACUGCAACUUCUUCAAUCACUGCUGAAGCAUCAACAGUAACCGCAGUAGAACCAGACGACAAUAUCACAGCUGCAGCUAUUGCUGUUGUCCAGAUUGUUGACAGCGAAAAUGCGAAAUUAGAAGCCGAUAAUAAGGAACAACCAGUGAAGAAGAAUGAUAAAGUGAAAUAUCAGCCACAUAGCUAUGGCGGUUAUGCGCUGACAAAGUCGUCUACGCAGACUGGUGAGCCAUCCAAAGAAAGUAACAGAGAAUUUGCAAGACGUUUUCUUUUACAACAAAUCCGGAAAGGCUGGCCAUAUCAUGAAGACUUUUAUAAGCCUCUGGGUCUGAAUGUUGAGAAGCCACCAAGAGAAAUUUUAUAA